AGCUUCUCUUUCUCCAGUCUGCGCUGUGUUGUGUUGUGUUGUGUGAGUGUGAGAGUUUGUGUCUCGGCAGAUUAAGUAGCCAGCUUUUUCUCUUUGGGAUAUGAGAAAAGAUCGUACGCUUUUCUUUUAAUCGCGUAUUCUGGAUGUACCUACUAAUGGAGUGAGCGCGGAUCAUCCGAGCCCGUUAUCCCGGACAGACACCAGCUUUGUUCGGCCAGUAAUAGACGAAUAACGUCUGCUAUCGAAAUGAACGACACGGAGAAAGAUAACAAGUCUGAUGAAGACUCUGAAUCUCUGGAGGCAGAGGAGGUUGAUCCGAGGAUUCAGGGUGAACUGGAGAAACUGAAUCAGUCUACAGAUAACAUCAACCGAUGGGAGACAGAACUGGAGGACUCUCGACAGAAGUUUCGUGCCAUCCUAGCGGAGGCCACGGUCAAACUGGAGGAGCAGGUCAAGAAGAUCGGGAAAGCUGUAGAAGAGUCCAAACCGUACUGGGAGGCCAGAAGAGCGGCGCGUCAGGCCCAGGUUGAAGCUCAGAGAGCCACACAGGAGUAUCAGCGGGCCAUCGAGAUCCUGCGGGCCGCGAAGGAAACCAUCUCUCUGGCCGAGGAGCGACUCCUGGAGGAGGACAGCCGGCAGUUUGACUCGGCCUGGCAGGAGAUGCUCAACCACGCCACCCAGAGGGUGAUGGAGGCGGAGCAAAGCAGGACACGCAGUGAAAUCCAGCACAGAGAGACAGCGGCCAAAUACAACGCCUCCAUCAGCAACAUGAGACAGCUGGAGAAAAAACUCAAACGCACCAUCAACAAGUCCAG